ACUUGCACCACCAAAACUCCACAAGCAAUAAAAACAAUAAAAUUCAAAAUACAGGGUAUUUUUUCCGGUGGGUGGAUUAACUUUAUUUACGUUUAUUUAUUCAACCCCAUAUAAAGUGAGCAGCAUAUAAAGAGAUGUUGGCCAAUAAACAUUAAAUUUCUUGCUUUUGCAUUUUUUUUGGUUUGUUCAGUAAGUGAGUGGCGAAACUUUAAGUGUAUUUCAAGUUAAUAAUUGCAAUACUAUGUUUUGAAAGUUAUUAAAUUCUACGAAAGAAUAAAUUGGCGAGUACACAGGAAUAACAAGAUCUAAUUAUAAUCAAUGACAUCACGUAUCACGUUAUAAAAUAAAUAUUUCGACAUAUUUGUGUUCGAACCGGUUCUAGUUGCUUGUCGUUAUAUAUUCGUUGAAGGAUAAGAUAAAUGAUGAGCGUGGUGACGUCACAGUUGCCUCCACCGCCCAUGCAGCACCACCCACCACCCAGAGGUCCGCCCAGAUUCCCACCACCCUCGCACUUUAACAACCAAGAUCAUCAUGGGGGUCAGUUUAUGCCGCGACCACGGCUGGGUUAUCAACCAUAUCGCCCCUUCCCACGAGCCCCACACCCCCACGCGGCCAGCAGCACACCCGGUGGUGACAACGUCGAGUAUGAUGGACGACGACUGAGGAAAAGCCUCGUGAGGAAAACCGUGGACUAUAAUGCUGCCAUUGUCAAAUACUUGCAGAAUCGGGUAUGGCAGCGAGAUCACAGAGACAGACGUGCCUUAGAACCAGACUACUCGUAUGCCCCUGACACAGUUCCACCUACAAUGCAUCCAGAUAAUUGCACAAAUUCAGUAACCACGAGAUAUGUCAAGUCUGCCACCAAUAAGAUGAGAUGUCCAAUAUUUUGCAUGGCUUGGACGCCUGAGGGUCGUCGUCUUGUUACUGGGGCUUCCUCUGGUGAAUUUACUCUGUGGAAUGGACUUACAUUUAAUUUCGAAACGAUUCUUCAAGCGCAUGAUGGUCCCGUUAGGUCAAUGAUUUGGUCUCACAACGAUAUAUGGAUGGUUACGGCGGAUCACGGAGGCUAUGUGAAAUAUUGGCAGUCUAAUAUGAAUAAUGUAAAAAUGUAUCAGGCACACAAAGAAGCUGUGCGUGGGCUAACUUUUAGUCCUUCAGAUCAGAAAUUUGCAUCCUGUUCUGACGAUGGUACCGUGAGGGUCUGGGAUUUCUAUACGUGUUAUGAAGAAAAAGUUCUCAGGGGGCAUGGAGCAGACGUCAAAAGCGUGGAUUGGCAUCCCUAUAAAGGCAUCAUUGUCUCCGGUUCUAAGGAUAACCAACAACCCAUUAAGUUGUGGGAUCCAAAAGCUGGCAUUUCUCUUUGCACAAUACACGCACACAAAUCAACGGUAAUGGAUACUCGAUGGAAUAGUAAUGGAAAUUGGCUAAUAACCGCCUCCAGAGAUCACCUGAUUAAAUUGUUUGAUAUCCGUAAACUUAACCAAGAAAUGCAAGUUUUUAGAGGUCAUAAAAAGGAAGCGUCUUGUAUUGCAUGGCAUCCAAAACAUGAAAGUUUAUUUGCGUCAGGCGGAUCUGAUGGCUCAAUCAUGUUUUGGAAUGUUGGGUGUGAAAAGGAAAUUGGGUCUAUUGAAGCAGCACAUGACAAUAUCAUCUGGACUCUAGCAUGGCAUCCAGUUGGUCACAUUUUGUGUUCUGGUUCUAACGAUCACACUUCAAAAUUUUGGACACGUCAAAAACCAGGAGACUUAAUCAGAGAUAAAGGUCACGGAUCUUUUCAUGAUUAUGGUGCACUGGAUGACAACGAAAUGGAAGAAGCAUUUAUUCCGGGAAUGGGACCAGAAGAUAGUAUAGAAACCCAAGAAAAAGAAAAGGAGUCAGAGACUGAUCUCAUCAUUCCUGGGUUGGAUUUAAAUGACGAUAGCUCGGCUUCUAGAUCCGACAAACCAGCUGCAAAAAAGACACCUUAUCAAAAACCCAUUCCCAAGAAAUUCCAAGCAAUCUGGAACGACACCAAGGUGGAGUUGGUUGACGAUGAGCUUGAUGACGAAAGGGGUAGAAACCCAUUACUUCCCAGGAUGAAUGAGAGAGUUAAUAGUGGGAGUGCUUCACUUAAUGAAAAGGAAUCUAGUACAAAUGUAGGAGGUGGAGUUGACGCCGGUGGUGGCGGGGGCAAUAUUUUUGAUCCCAACAUUGGAUUUGGUCCGAUGGGUGCUCAAUAUAAUCUUCCAGUUCCCCCACAUGCAAUGGGGAACCCCUUCUUUACACAACAACCUCCCACCGGCCCGUCACCCUUUCUUAACCACUCAAACAAUCCUUUUUGGAAUCCGCCUACCAACCAAGCUCCUGGUAACAACCCUAACCGACAAGGGCAAGUGAGACCUGGGGGUGGUCGUGGUAGAGCCUCUCGGGGUGGUGGUGGCAAUAACAGUUCUAGAGGGGGUUGGAAUAGAUAGCUGACACUACAGUUUUACGUGUGAAUGAUUGCACUUAAAAAUAACUAAUGUCCACAAGUGACAUUUUAAUUCUUCAACAAUCUUAAUACUACAAAUGAAGAUCGAUAGCAUGAUUAUUAAGAAGAUUCGUUAUAUUUUAUUUUAGAACAGUUAAUAAUUGUUGAUUAACGUUAGUGAGGUGUAUUAUUGUGAGUGUGAUACCUAAAUACUACCAGAAUGACGGUGUUCUUCCUCAUUUCCAUCUUCGGUAACACUUUUACGCAUCCUUGCCUUCUUAUGAAGAUUGUAGAUUACGUCAUCCAAGGAAGACUCGCUGAUGAGAAAGCUACAAAAAUGAUUUUCAUUAUUAUUUAUAUUGUGCGUAAUUUUUGUAUUCUACAUUCUAUGUGUUGUUCUACCAAAAUUUAAAUGUUGUGAUUUAAGUUACAUGUAUAUGUUGCAAAAUGGUGGUUGGUUGAACAUUCCACCCACCGACUCACUUAUACUUACUCGAGGAAAUUUGUCAAUCAUUUUUUUGACAACUUGACUUGAGUGAAUU